AUUCCGCGCAGAGACGGGCACACACUUAUCCCAAUCAGAAAUUAGAAAUAAAUUAAGUAAUUUGUGCGGAAUAAAACUGAACUUGCGGCCGAUGCGAUAACCGCGAGCCCCGACACCCCCUUCCCGCCGCCACCACGCCGUGAUGCAGGCAACCAGCGCAGUGGCCGGAGAACUCGGAAAACUUGGCGAACGCAGCUCCAACGGCAGGAACAACAACAGUGCCAGCAGAGCCCCUCGAAAGUCGGUGCAGUGAAGGAAUUAAAUCUAAUUAUACGCGGAAAACAGCCAAGGGGCGAGCCCACGAGCACUCGGGCUAAUUGGUGGUGGGCAGAGGAGCACCACCUGCGCCACUGGGCACCUAGGGGCCACAUUCACAUGGGCUGAGUGGCGGUCCGGGCUGGACUGGCGAAGGGAUUGCACCAGCAAUGGCCAACCAACUGGACGCCAGUGUGAAGGACGACCUGAAGACGCAGUUCGUCACCCGCGAGGGCACCUACCGCCUGCUGACCCUCUCGGAGUACUCCCGGCCCAAUCGGGUCGGCUACAGCAGCAACCAGAGCUCGCCGCAGGUGCGCGUCUCCAUGGUGACCCUGCCCAGUCCGGCGCAGGGCAAGCUGGGCUCGGACGCGGCAGGGUCACCCGUAGGAGGAGGCGGCGGAGGAGCGGCUGCGGCAGGCACCACCACCACAACGAAUGGCAGCUCGCCAGGAGCCUCGCCCACGGGCGGAGCAGCGGGCUCGGGACCGGCCGGCGCGGCCGCCUCAGCAAUAGCCAAUGGAGGCGCCGGCGGCGACAGCAACUACAGCCACAGCAAUCACAACAGCAACAGUGCUGCGAACAGCACGGUGGACGCCCGCCUGGGCGGAGGCAUCUCCAUGCACUCCAUGAUGAACGGCGGCGUCGUGGACCAGAACGGAGUGGCCACCAACCAGGUGCUGGGCGGCGACCGCAUCUGCUUCAACUUCGGACGAGAUCUCUACGUCUACUCCUUUCGAGGAGCCAAGAAGGGCACGGAGAUGAGCAAGCCGAUCGAUAAGAAGUUCUACAAGGGCACCAAUCCCAGCUGCCACGACUUCAACGCGAGCUCGGCCACGCCCACGGGAGCGCCCCUGCUGGUGGGCUUCACCACGGGCCAGAUCCAGUUGGUCUCCCCGCAGGUCGGUCCUCGCGAGGUGAGGAAGCUCUUCAACGAGGAGCGACUAAUCGACAAGACCAAAGUGACCUGCCUGAAGUGGCUGCCCAACUCACCGCACCUGUUCCUCGCCGCCCACGCCUCAGGUCACCUGUACCUGUACAACGAGGAACUGCCCUGCGCCGCCACGGCGCCCAGCUACCAGCCCUUCAAGCUGGGCGACGGCUACACGAUACUCACCAGCAAGUCGAAGACCACACGGAACCCGCUCUUCAAGUGGGUCUUCAGCACCGACAACUGCUGCAUCAACGAGUUCUGCUUCUCGCCCUGCGGCUCCCACUUGGCGGUGGUCUCCCAGGACGGUUUCCUGCGCGUCUUUCACUACGACACCAUGGACCUGCUGGGCAUCGCGCGUUCCUACUUUGGCGGCUUCCUGUGCGUCUGCUGGUCGCCCGACGGCAAAUACAUUGUGGUGGGCGGCGAGGAUGACCUGGUGACCGUGUGGUCGCUGCAGGAGCGGCGAGUGGUGGCCCGCGGACAGGGCCAUCGGUCCUGGGUCUCGGUGGUGGCCUUCGACCCAUACACCACCUCGUACACCAACUGGGAUGGAGGCGACUUUAGCGACGAUGAGAAUCAAAUGAACGAGUACUCCAAUUCGCGAGAGGCGCGCUUCUCCGGAGACUCCACGGCCAACGGUGGUUUCGAGGGCUUCGACCGGAACUCCACGCCCGUGCAUGCUGCCCGCAAUCGACCGCACUCGGCCUCCUUUCGCUCGGAUGCCUCUUCGGCGGAGAAGCUGAUGAGCUAUCGACUGGGCUCCGUGAGUCAGGACACGCAGAUCUGCCUGUGGGACAUCACGGAGGAUGUGCUCCGCCAUCCGCUGGCACUGAGGCAGCGGGCGAACAGCGAACGGGGCUAUAUCAAUGGUGGCGUCGAUGAGGAAGCAGAAGCAGAGGACGGCAUCAAGGUGAUCCGACCAGUGGCCAUGUCUGGCCAGGCGGGUGGACAGCAGGCGGAGUCGGGCAGCUGCAGUCCCAUCCGAGAGGCGGCAGGCGGAGGAGCAGCUGGAAACGGUGCCGGCGAGCACAGCAAUAGCAGUUCCAGCAAGUUCUCAACCGCCAACUGCACGAUAUCCUCGCAAUCCUCGCCCGACGACUGCGACACCGAGGCAGCCACUCCCGCCUCCACGACCUCUAAUGCGGGCGUGGCAGGAGCGGGAGCGACGUCGUCGACAUCGAAGCAGAACAACCGCAACCACGGCACGGGCAACUCAAUCAAAUUCCCCAACUGCAUCAGCGCCACCAAGUCGGACAGCAUCGAUGGAGGCGGCGGAAGCGGAAGCGGGAGUGCGCAGAGGCCAUCGCAGACCACCACGGGAUACAACAGCAAGACUUCCAACAGCUCGAACAAGUCCUCCAACUCGGGCAGCGGCUUCAGCGCCUUCAACAGCCUCACGCAGCGGCUCUCGAACUUCAGUUUCCUGAGCAACUCGGACAAGAAGGCCGCCGGCUACGAGGGAAGCCACUCGACGGCCCACCGCCAGCACCGCAAGGCGAUGAGCAUGCUGAAGAGCUACAACCAGCAUAACCACAGCGGCGGCCACAACAACCACAGCCAGAGCAACCACAGCAGCUCGUCCCACUUUGGCCACUCGAGCACACUGGACUCGACGGCGGCCGGGGCCAUCGGGAGCAGCUCGACGGCGCACAGCUUUGGAUCGCUGAAGCUGAGCCGGUCGUCGCACCACUCCUCGCUGGCCACGGCCGCCCAUGCGUCGGGCUCCGGGGCUGGAGCGGGCUCUGGCUCGGGGGUGAGCAGCUUCGAUCCCAUGCAACUCAUCGGAACGCCCGCCUGCCCGCGCUUCGACGAGUGCCCGCUGCUGGAGCCGCUGGUCUGCAAGAAGAUUGCCCACGAGCGGCUGACGGCGCUGAUCUUUCGCGAGGACUGCUUCCUGACGGCGUGCCAGGAUGGGUUCAUCUACACCUGGGCGCGGCCUGGUCAUGCCACGCAUGCCACUCAGCACUUGUCGCCCGGACAGACGGCGGCGCCCGGCGGGACGGUAAUUUAGUUCAAUAAAGUGGACUUGGUCAACUAUCAGCGUAAUCUUGUCAAGCAGCAGGAGCAGGAGCAGCAGAAGCAGAAGCAGUCGGUGAUCUAGGUUAAAGCUAGGCGAUUGAUUUCGAUAAUUUAUUGAUAGGAGCAAGAGUUUUAAAGGUUUUUAUGUUGCGUAUUUUGUAUUCCAAAUGUAGCCUAAAUGAGUUUAUGAACCACACACACAGACACACACCGUACACCCGUAAUAUAUAUAUUAUAUACGAUAUAUAGCUAUGUACAACAUAACUACGAUCUAUACGCAGCAUCAGGCAACAGAACAAACAAACAAACGUAUAUGUUUAAUCUAAAUUAUUAGUUGUAAAUGUAUUAUUUUUUUAGUACGUGGAAUUUGUUGAAAACAAAGCAAAGCAUGUUUAUAACUAUUUACUAAGUGCUAGCCUACACUACACACGAUAAAUAAAGCAAGAGAUCGAAGAAGCGAA